ACAUUUCGUUUGUUGUUACAGCUGUUCGGAAAAAAUAAUAUUUACGUCUUUAUUUUCGCGAGGAUAUAAUAUACGCAAUAAACGUGUCAAUUGAUUAAGUUAUAGAUAGGAAGAUCGUCACAAAAAUACAAUUAAAUCUAUGAGUAUCUUAUUGAGACCGGUUUCAGGUGUACACCGGAUCCACAGAAAUAUGUCUGCCAUGUCUGGGGUGGUGGAGAGUACAAUAAGAAGCAAAUUGCUACAGUCCCUGGAAGCUAAACAUUUGGAUGUCAUCAACGAGUCCUAUAUGCAUAACGUGCCCAAAGGAGCGGAGACGCACUUCAAAGUAGUCGUUGUUUCCGAUAAAUUUGAGGGAUUGCCGUUAAUUAAGAGACAUCGCUUAGUGAACGACCUACUAAAAGAUGAGCUGCAGAGUGGUGUCCAUGCACUAUCCAUUGUAGCCAAAACUCCUGAGCAAUGGGAAAACAGUGACAAAGUUGUGGAAAGCAGCCCAAACUGUAAAGGUGGAUUUGGAAAGUAGACUCGAAUACAGUAUAGUUAUUUAAUUUGUGGCUGUUACAUCUAGUAAUAAAUUACAUUAUUUAGUACAUA